AUGGAGCUCACCGGGGCAGGGGGGGCGAUGAGCAGCAAAAAAGGCCCGGGGAGCAGCCGUGGCAAAAAGAAGAAACAUAAGAAAGAAAAGGCGCCGCCCCCUCCGCCGGCAGAGAGCGGGAUCCCCGCGGGGCCACUUAGUCCUUCCUGCGCAGAUGACCCUGCCCGCCCGCCCUCCGUGCCCCCCCUGCCUCUUCCUGCUGCGGUUGGAAGCGGGCUCUUGGGAUCGGAUGACGAGGAGCAAGAGGACCCUCGAGAUUACUGCCGAGGUGGGUAUUAUCCAGUAAAGAUUGGGGAUCUCUUCAAUGGACGCUAUCAUGUGGUACGGAAACUUGGAUGGGGACACUUUUCGACUGUCUGGCUGUGUUGGGACAUUCAGCGGAAGCGCUUUGUGGCCCUCAAAGUGGUGAAAAGUGCUGUACAUUAUACAGAAACAGCUGUGGAUGAAAUCAAGCUACUGAAAUGUGUGCGAGAUUCUGAUCCUAAUGAUCCGAAACGGGAGAAUAUUGUCCAACUGAUUGACGAUUUCAAGAUCUCAGGGAUCAAUGGUGUCCAUGUUUGUAUGGUCCUUGAGGUUUUAGGGCACCAGCUGUUGAAGUGGAUUAUCAAAUCCAACUACCAAGGGCUUCCCAUACCUUGUGUCAAGAGCAUCUUAUGCCAGGUGCUGCAGGGCCUUGAUUACCUCCACACAAAGUGCAAAAUAAUCCAUACAGACAUCAAACCAGAGAAUAUCCUGCUGUGUGUAGACGAGUGUUACAUACGACGGCUGGCAGCUGAAGCCACUCUCUGGCAGCAGACUGGGGGUCCUCCUCCCUCUGGUUCUGCAGUCAGCUCUGCACCCCAGGAAAGCCUGAAUGGGAAGCUUUCAAAGAACAAGCGGAAGAAGUUGAAGAGGAAGCAGAAACGGCAGAGUCAGCUCCUGGCUGAACGACUUCGGGACCUUCAGCAGCUGGAGGAUCUGGCAGCUACAAAUGCAGGGACCAGCAAGUCCACAGAGACCACAGAAGGGCAUUGCAGUUGCCCCAUCUCAGUCUCUGGAGGGGGAGAGCCCUCGGGGGGAUCUCUGGCCUGCAGCCCCCAAAGCCUGACGUCAUCUUCUGGCUUCUACACACACAAUGCCUACGACAGCUGCAAUGGGCAUUCCCCACCUGGAACCGCCAGCCAUCAUGUCAGCCCUGACUCUGCCACCUCCGGCUUCUCAGGAUCGCUCUUCUCUAGUUCAGCCCUCUCGGGCGUUUCUAAUCAGCGGGAGCGCGGAGGGCUUCUCUCACCCAGCACUUUUGGCACUUCUGAAUUCUUGGUGAACCCUUUGGAACCCCAAAACGCAGACAAAAUCAGAGUGAAGAUUGCAGAUCUGGGCAACGCUUGUUGGGUGCACAAACAUUUUACAGAAGACAUUCAGACUCGUCAGUAUAGGGCUUUGGAGGUCCUGAUUGGUGCUGUCUACAGCACUCCAGCUGAUAUCUGGAGCACAGCGUGUAUGGCUUUUGAGCUGGCAACUGGAGACUAUCUCUUUGAGCCUCACUCUGGAGAAGAUUAUACAAGGGAUGAAGAUCAUAUUGCCCACAUUGUUGAGUUACUUGGCGAUAUUCCCCCCCACUUUGCUCUUUCGGGGCGGUACUCGCGUGAGUACUUCAACCGGCGAGGGGAACUACGUCACAUAAAGAACCUGAAGCACUGGGGACUAUACGAGGUCUUGGUGGAGAAAUAUGAGUGGCCUCUCGAACAAGCAGUCCAGUUCACGGACUUCCUAUUGCCCAUGAUGGAGUACAUCCCUGAAGACCGUGCUACAGCUGCCCAGUGCCUCGAGCACCCCUGGCUAAACUCUUAGGGACAAACCUUGCUCAAACAAACUGAUGAAUGAAAUAAGGGAGUUCUGGCCCCAGACGGGAGUU